CGAAGUAGACGGCAAAACAUAUAUAUUUCACAUUUCAUAAAAGAAAAUCGUGAGUUAAAGCGAAUAAACAGCUACAGAGAUCGGUUUGAGGGAGAAACGUGAUUGAUAAAGUUGAGUUGAUAGAAAAACAGAAGACAAAACCGCAACCAUGGCACUCAAUGUUUCCACAAAAGUGACUGAGAAUCUCUCGCGCUACGAAAUGGUGGCCUGGGUCAAUAGUCGCCUGCGUUUGGAGGUCACAAGAAUCGAGCAGCUAUGCACGGGAGCAGCAUACUGUCAAUUCAUGGACAUGAUGUUUCCCAACUCAGUGUCAUUAAAGAAGGUCAAGUUUGCUGCAACUCUUGAGAACGAAUACUUACAGAACUUUAAGUUGUUGCAGGCAGCUUUCUUUAAGGCGUCCAUAAACAAGGUUAUACCCGUUGAGAAACUGAUUAAAGGUCGUUUCCAAGAUAACUUUGAAUUUGUGCAAUGGUUUAAAAAAUUCUUUGACGCGAACUACAAAGGUGGGGAAUACGAUGCCGUCGCAGCCCGGGAAGGUGCCUCAAUGGCAUUUGCUUCCGAAAGAGUACCGGGAGCCAGCACCAUCCGACGUGGUUCAUUGACAUCUCGGCGUCCGUCAGGGAUAUCCUUAAGGACCCACUUCGUUAGGUCGGUGACAGAACAUUCCAUUAGAAAGGAAGUCCAGGCAGGCGGUGAUUCGCAUCAGGCGAGUAUCCAAGGAGAAUUGCGGAAAGAGCGCGACUUUUACUUUUCUAAGAUGCGCGAUAUUGAGUUUCUCUGCAAUAAAUCUGAGGAAAUCAAAAGGAUGCCGCUUGUACAGCACAUUUUAGCCAUAUUGAAUGCGACUCAGGACGUUUAUUCUACUCCACAAACUACAACACCAGAGCAGGGGGAGUAAUAAAUGUGAAAUGAAACACAAAACACGAAAUUAAUUAUCCGCAUAUUCAUAUUCAAAGCCAAUUUGUUGACUGCUGCUGUUGCUAUACACUACAUUUGACCAAAAUAUA